AUGGCUAUGGCGGAGAUGGCAAUGAAGUCUUCUGUAACUGCGAAACUCACUAUUCCUUCUUCUUCUUCUUCGUCUUGUAAGAAGAGAGUGAAGCAAAUCUCUAUCGCACUUCCAACAUCAACCUCGAUCUCUCUGUUAUCUCUCUUCGCAUCUCCUCCUCAUGAAGCCAUAGCUGCUGUUUCCAUUCCCAAGGACCAGAUCGUCUCCUCUAUCACUGAAGUGGAGAAAACAAUCAACCAAGUUCAAGAAACUGGUUCGAGUGUUUUCGACGCAACGCAGCGUGUUUUCCAAGUGGUAGGAGAUGCUCUUAAACCAGCCUUUGACACUGCUUUGCCCAUCGCAAAGCAAGCCGGUGAAGAGGCUUUAAAGCUUGCUUCUCCUGCUUUCUCAGAGGCUUCAAAGAAAGCUAAAGAAGCAAUGCAAAGCUCUGGUAUUGAUGCAGAGCCUGUCUUUAAUGCUGCAAAGACAGUAACAGAUGUGGCGCAACAAACAACAAAGGCGAUUGAAGAUGCUAAGCCGAUUGCUUCAUCGACCAUGGAGACGAUUUCUUCUGCUGAUCCUAGUGUCAUUGUUGUUGCUGCUGGAGCAGCGUUUCUUGCUUACCUUCUCCUUCCUCCUGUUUGGUCUCUCGUAUCUUUUAACUUCCGUGGUUACAAAGGUGAUCUCUCACCGGCUCAAACUCUUGAUCUUCUCUGCACCAAGAACUACUUAAUGGUGGAUAUAAGAUCAGAGAAAGAAAAGGAAAAAUCUGGGAUUCCUCGUCUCCCUUCAAGUGCUAAGAACCGUAUGAUCGCUAUUCCAUUAGAAGAACUACCGAACAAAGUAAAAGGAAUCGUGAGGAACUCGAAACGAGUUGAAGCAGAAAUAGCAGCAUUAAAGAUUUCUUACCUCAAGAAAAUCAACAAAGGCUCCAAUAUCAUCAUCAUGGACUCGUACUCGGAUUCAGCUAAAAUAGUGGCGAAAACGUUGAAGGUUCUCGGGUAUAAGAAUUGCUGGAUUGUGACGGAUGGAUUCUCCGGUGGCAGAGGAUGGUUGCAGAGCCGGUUAGGCACUGAUUCUUACAACUUCUCGUUCGCUCAGGUCUUGUCUCCAUCGCGGAUUAUCCCGGCAGCUAGUAGAAGCUUCGGUACUAGAUCCGGAACCAAGUUCCUUCCUAGCUCCGACUGA